AUGUUAAUUUCCAACUUUUCAGAUAUAAUCACUAUUUUCCGGGAAAAUAAACUCUCAGGUAUGAUUGGGUUGAAAGGUGGUCACAUGAUAGAUAGUCGAUUAGCAGUGUUGCGAAUGUUCUUCAAGACAGGUGUGAGAAUCAUGUCACUAACAGCUGAUUGUGAUACACCUUGGGGAAUUUCACAUAAAUUCGAGUUGAAUAACGUUACCGAUACAGGAUUGAAAGAUUUCGGUAAAAAGGUGAUUUCUGAAAUGAACCGUCUAGGGAUGAUUAUAGACAUUUCUUUGUCUUCAAAAAGAACUCAGUUGGAUGCGAUUUCUGUAUCAGAAGCACCAGUGAUUGUGUCAAAUGUGGGAGCCUAUGAGAAGUGCAACGUUUCGCAGAACUUGGAUGAAAAUGUUCUGGAGAAAAUUAAGGAGAAGAAUGGACUAGUUAUGAUAAGCUUUGAUCCUGAACUUAUUAAAAAAGGAGAAGAAGUGAAUUUAACCAACUUCAUUGAUCACCUGAAUUACUUAAAACAAAAGGUUGGGGAAGACUGUGUUGGAAUUGGAGGAAAUUUUGAUGGAUUUGAAACGAAAAUGAAUGGAUUGGAAUCACCUCAAGAUGUUCCUAAGCUUUUUGAUACUCUCAAAGAGUUGGGCUGGACAAUUGAACAGUUGGAAAAACUUGCUGGAAAUAAUUUUCUACGUAUCAUGACAGCAGUGCACAAAACGGCAAAGUCAAAGAGCAACAAAUUACCCUCUGAAGAUUACCUGGAUAAAGAAUAUGUAGCGGAAAAUUCUACGCAAUGUUACUCAGAUUGGGAUCAGCGUUAACAAUGCAAUGAUUAAAAUAUGAAUAAUAAAUUAUUUCAAAAAUCACAGAAGA